AAAGCUCGGCGUGGUCGGUUGGCGGUGGUUGGAAGGAGGCGUGUGAGCGGCGCGCGGGGCAGUUAGGGGCGGGGCUUCUCUCUCGGCUCGCGGUCCGGCUGAGGCCACUUCGGGGCGGCUGCGCGCUCAGAUACCAGCUACUGACAAUGUCGGUGGAAGUCCAAGAUGCACGUAUUGCAGAAGUGAAACCUUUAGUAGAGAAAGAUGAGGCGAUCACACGUCUCCUGCCUGACUUUGAUGUUCAGGAGCAAGAUGUUGAAACAGUGCAUGGUUCUGUCCAUGUCACCAUGUGUGGAACUCCCAGAGGGAACAGGCCUGCAAUUCUGACCUACCAUGAUAUUGGACUAAAUCAUAAAACAUGCUUCAACCCCCUCUUCAAUUUUGAAGAUAUGCAGGAAAUUACACAGCACUUUGCAGUCUGCCACGUGGAUGCUCCUGGGCAGCACGAGGGAGCCGCCUCUUUUCCAGCUGGAUAUAUGUACCCUUCUAUGGACCAACUUGCUGAAAUGCUUCCUGGAAUCUUAAAACAGUUUGGACUGAAAACUGUGAUUGGAAUGGGAACCGGAGCUGGUGCCUACAUCUUAACCAGAUUUGCUCUUAACUAUCCUGAUAUGAUCGAAGGACUCGUUCUUAUUAAUGUCAACCCAUGUGCUGAAGGAUGGAUGGACUGGGCAGCAACCAAGAUUUCUGGAUGGACUCAUGCCCUGCCAGAUAUGGUCAUUUCACAUCUUUUUGGCAAGGAAGAGAUUCAUAACAACCACGAUUUGAUCAGUAAUUACCGCCAGCACAUCGUCAAUGACAUGAAUCAAAGCAAUCUGCACCUCUUUGUCAACUCCUACAACAGCCGAAGAGAUCUAGAAAUUGAGCGUCCUGUGCCUGGUGCACACGUUGUUACUCUACAGUGCCCUUCGCUGUUGGUGGUUGGGGACAGUUCUCCUGCGGUUGAUGCUGUGGUUGACUGCAAUGCAAAAUUGGACCCAACGAAGACUACGCUCUUAAAGAUGGCUGACUGUGGUGGCCUUCCUCAAGUUUCUCAGCCUGCAAAACUUGCAGAAGCUUUCAAGUACUUUAUACAGGGAAUGGGAUACAUGCCUUCUGCAAGCAUGACCAGACUGAUGAGAUCCCGAACAGCUUCUGGUUCCAGCGUUGCCUCCUUGGAAGGAGGCCGGAGCAGGUCCCACACUGGUGAUGGAGCCAGAAGUAGGUCCCACACUGGUGAUGGAGCCAGAAGCAGAUCCCAUACUGGUGAGGGAGAGAGGAACAGAUCCCAUACUGGUGAUGAUGCCCGGAACCGCCCUCACCCAGAUGCCCGGAUUGAGCUCACUCCUAACUCAGCAAACAACACCGAACAACCGAGCCCCAAGUCAAUGGAGGUUUCCUGUUAAAUGAAACGUGCUGCAGUUGUAAUCGAGACCUGACUGCCGCCCACUGAGCAUCGUGAUAUUUGAUAUUAAACCUGAAGCAUUUUCUGUAUCACGGCUCUGUUCCCCUUUCAGAGUUCAAUAGGGACCAAUAAAACAAACAUCUCAGUUGCUCUGUUUCCCUGACAGAGGUUGCUGCUAUUCUUUCCUCCAACUAAUUGUAGAUUUCUUUAAAACUUAGCCAGUGAAAAAGCUAACACACGUGGCUGGGUCUUCAAACCAGAUAUUAUACCUUCUUCCUGAAUUUGACGUUGAAAAAAGUUGCCCCAUUUGGGCUGAAACUUUGCUCUGGCGUGAUGGGAGACUUUUUUUCCUUACAAAAUAAGUUACAGCCUCCUGUUGAAGCUGGAAUUACUCAAAUCUGUACAUAUUUAAAUAAUCAAAUGAUACUGUGCGUUUUGGCCUCUUUGAGUAGUAUACAGGGCCAAUUUUCCUGUAUUAAUAUAGGGAACGUAAUGCAACGUCCGGGCAAACAAAAUCUUAAGCCUUUUAUUUCUUGUUACCUGACAUCUUGUUGCAGUGUUCCCCCUUUUUUAGAGCUUUAAAGCUGCUUGUCCACCUGAAAGCGAGAUUCAAAGUUUUGAGAAACAUACUGCUGUUCAUGUCUGUCUUUCUUGCAUCUCAAAGGGCUUUUGGGGGGCAGCGAAGCUCAUUGGCAUCAUGAUACCACUUUGGAUAAUAGAGCUUGGCAGUGAGGAGUAGCAGGUGGGGGAACCCUGCUGGUUGCGUUCUUUGAUCUCUCCUGCUUGAAGUUUUUUGGCAGAUGUAACAAAUACAGGAUUAUCUAAUCAAAGCCAGCAGUAAAUAAGCUUAGAAGGUGGAAAACUUGUAUAAUGGUGGAAGUAUGCUGCAUUCAGCUGCCGCAUUGAUCAGGCCUAAAAAUUCAUUACUGAGAUUUACCUGCUGCUAGGCAAAAACCUGUUCCAUAUUGUUUGAGGUAGGGAGAUGCGAGACUACAGUGGAGAUAAAUUUAAUGAUUGCAAAUGUAGAGAGAGUCACUGAUUCUGUAAUCUAAAGCUAUCCUCCUGAUAUCUGAAGAACUGUAUUUUGGGAAGCAAUGGGCAACCCAACAGAUUUACAGUCUAGAUGGAAGUUCUAGAUCCUGCCACUGGCUUUUUAUCUUUUGCUACAUCACAAUUGUUAACAUAGCUAAUUUCAGGUAUCGCUCAUGUAAAGCAUCCAGCACCUGAAUAUAUUUUGGAUAGUUCCAGAGAGGUGAACUCUUGCAAUAGGUGAAUUGCCUACUUUUGAAACGACAGCUUAGAUAUUUUUCGUGGUGGUUUGUAAGCAAGCAGGAAUGCGGGCUGUAAUUGAGAGGUUAAACCUGUCUAUUUGGGGAAAGUUUAUUAAUGAAUUAUUUGUAUUUAUUUCAAAAAAAAUAAAUUUGUAACUUUGCAA